AUGGAAGAUUAUAUCGCUGUCUAUCAAAAAGGCGAUGUCUCGCAAUGUAAAGAUAAACGAGGCACGACUAGUACUCGAAAAUUAGAUGAUUCUGACAUUAUUACUCAUAUACAAAGCUUUCCGGCGUACCAAAGCCAUUACACAAGAAAAAGUAAUCCUAACCGGAAGUUUUUAAAUCCUGGGCUAACUAUUCGAAAGAUGUACGAUCUAUAUAAAGAAAAAUGUUUGACUGAAAUGACAGAACCUAAAAAAUUAAAAUAUUAUAAUAAAGUUUUCAACACCAAGUUUAAUCUACAUUUCAAGGCACCGCACCAGGAUACAUGUAAGACUUGCGAUAGCUUGAAUUUUAAAAUUAGAGGCACCGAUGACGAGAACGUGAAGAAAGAGUUUGAAGUUCAAAAGGAACUUCAUCAAAGAAAGGCAGAUUCGGCAAGAGAAAAUCUACAAAUUGAUGCUAAAAAGAUUAAUGACGCAUAUGUACUAACCUUUGAUUUGCAGAAAGCUUUAGCUUUCCCAAAAUUAACUACUUCGGUAGCAUACUAUAAAAGGAAUCUGUAUUUGUAUAAUUUGGGAAUACAUUGUUUUAAUAACAACACGGGGUACAUGAACGUCUGGAAUGAGAUAGAAGGAGGUCGAGGGUCUCAAGACAUUGCAGUCUGUCUCGUGAAACAUUUAAAAACUCACGCGGUAACACAAAAUCACGUCAUCAUGUAUUCCGAUUCUUGCACUGGACAAAAUCGAAACAUUAAGACUACCCUUUCCCUUUUAAAGCUCGUACAAGACCCGGAUACUAGUAUAACCACCAUAGACCACAAGUUUUUAGUGUCCGGGCAUUCUUAUUUGCCUAAUGAUGGGGAAUUUGGGAUAAUUGAGAGCGCAAGUCGCCGUCAUGAACAAAUUUAUAGCCCGGAUCAAUGGAUUGAGAUCAUGAAAACAGCCAAACGCAAAGAACCACAUUUUGUAGUAACCGAAAUAAAAAAUUCCGAAUUUAAAAGCACUGCGGCAUUAGAAAAAUGUAUUACCAACAGAAAAAAAACAACCUGUGGUUACGACUUCAACUGGCUGAAUAUUAGAUGGCUGAGGUUUGAGAGGAAUCAUCCUUUACAAUUUCAAUUUAAAGAAACGCUCAACGCUGACAUGCCCUUCUACAAAGUAGAUCUAUCAAAAAAGCAACAAGGACGACCAGCUUACUUGUACAAUAUUCAACAAGGCCCACUCUAUCCUUCAGGAAGACCAGUCACUAUUGCUAAGAAGAAGGAUAUGCUUGAUCUUCUCCCAUACAUUCCACCAAUUUACCAUAAAUUUUACAAAAAUCUUACUGUAGACAUUCCAACACGGUCAAGCAUUCUUAAUGCUGAUGAACGUUCGUCUGAUGACGAAAUAACCUACGAUUAA